CCCUCCUGGGAGGCCGAGGCGGCAGGGCCCCCGGCGCACCCCACUUCCUCCGGGGCUCCGCAGUCGCAUUUCGGAUUCUCUGGGCCUGAUGACGCAGCAGCACCAGGCUUGUCGGGACUCGCGCUCCUGCGGGGCAGAGCCGGCCGCCGCCCAGUCAGACGCAGGGCCGCUCGGGGUUCGCCAGCCCCGGGGCCGCCCCCAGCCCCCAGCUCCCGCAGGGGCCUUAUCGCGGCCUCUUUCGCUCUCGUCUGGUGGAGCCGGAAUCCGGAUCUUCUGACUCUGAAAUCCAAGUUCUUUCUUCUGCAGCCCUCCAGAAGAUUAGGAUUUUCAAAGCAUUCUGUUAUCUCAGUAGAUCCCCAAGCAACCCAAAGUGGGUACUAUUAUUAUUCCCCCAUUUGCAGAUUAGGAAAGAGGCUCUGGGGUUAAGCCAUUUGCUGAAGGUCACCCAGCUGAUAAGGGACCGAGAGAACCCUAGAAACCAAGCUCCAAGUAAAAGCUGUUUAUCCCCGGAGAGUAACCUUAGCUGGGCGUGGUGAC